GUGAAUGGGUUUGUUUACAUCUGGAGCUGAAAUGUGAUCCGAAGUUGCGGUUUUUCUUUCAAAAGUACGAUUCAGUGAUACGUAGUUAGCAUUGUUUUUCGAGAAAUUACAGGUCGAUGGGGAACACAGAAAGUGCUGUAGUGCAGAAACGGCUGGUCCGUUUUCGUCCUGAUGAGCGGCUCGUUAUUGAAGGGGUUUUUGACAGACUUCAGAGCAGCAGCAGCUCGUCUGUGCCUCCUGGGAAAGCAAAGGUUUUACACGUAGACACGCUGAAGAUAACUAUGGGUAAAAUGGCUUCAGAUUCAAUGAUUAUGAGAGUCUUUGAGGGAAUCUGCAAUGUCGACCCAGGUGUGAUGGUGCCACCUGGUGGUGGGGUAAGUCGAGAGCAGCUGGUCAUCUUCCUGGCAGAUACUCUUCGGGGCACAGCAGAAGAGAGAGCACCGAUUGUCAUGGCGAUGGCAUAUGGGAACAAAUCAACAGUCAUGACUGAUCAGAUAAGAGAUUUUCUAGAAGACCUGGUUUCCACUGUAGUUCAGAUUCUCUCACACAAGAGAUGCUUGCAAGGCUGGAGACCAGAUCGGAUGGGCCACAAUACUCAGGGGGUGAAGCUUUUGGCUGAGCAGUUGAGCUCAGAGUUAAAAACCUCAGAUCAGAACAUGUGUGAUGUUGCUUGUCUCGAGGACUGGCUAUUUCGAGUCUCGGGUGUAUCCGCAUUCCUGGAGCUUUUGAUCGGUGAGGGUCUUGAUGUUGGAUUGACCUCGCGUCCACCUCCCACUCUGCUGCCCCCUUGCCGAGACGCUCCCUGGACCGAGCUGCACUGCUUGCUGGAUAUACCACUUCUCAUGUUCCUGACCUCUCAGCUGCCUGCAGGACACGCUACCCCCUGGAGGCUGUUGUUUUCCACUAGCGUACACGGUGAAAGCUUUACCCGCUUGGUUGGGAAUUGUAAAAACCGGGGCUCCACUGUGUUACUGGUGAAGGACACCAAAAGCCACGUAUUUGGAGGCUUUGCUUCUCAAAGCUGGGAGACCAAACCUCAGUUUCAGGGUGAUUCCAGGUGCUUCCUGUUUUCUGUGUCUCCAUCUAUGCGAGUGUUCACUUGUACCGGUUAUAACAAGCACUACAUGUAUCUGAACCAGGGCCAGCAAACCAUGCCCAAUGGUCUGGGUAUGGGUGGACAGCAUGGAUACUUUGGUUUGUGGCUGGACAGCGAUUUUGGCCGUGGUCACAGUCGGGCUCGUCCACGCUGUACUACGUACGGUAGCCCUCAACUCUCAGGGGAUGAAGACUUCACAGUGGACACGGUAGAGGUGUGGGGAGUCGGUGUCCCCCCUGAGGAACAAGAACAGGAUGAGAAGAAGAAGAGUGUUCUGGACUUGGAUCCUGAGACGCAGGCUAUAAUAGAGAUGACUGGAAAAACCCUGCACAGCCAAGGCCUCCGAGAGCCAGAAGAUGAUGAUGGAUGAGGAUGAAAAAAGACAAGAGAAUGGAUGGAUUUAUGUAACACACAAAAAUAAAAUACUGGUGCUUCUUUUCGAUGGAUAGGUUGGACAGAAAAAAUUUGAUCUUUAUAAUUUUUCAAUAAGUGAUGUGAAUAUUGUCCACUUGACAUGUUGACACUUGAGUUAAGAUAUUAAAAAAUUUAUAUAUAUAUAUAUAUAUAUAUAUAUAUAUAUAUA